AUCAUGAUAAGGUGUAUAGUCAGAAGCAUGAGCCGCGCGUGUAGAAGUUGGUCGAAACGUGCGACAAAAUGCGAGCCUGAGUGCUCAAUAUGUACCUGACAGCUACACCUCCUCAAGCUUUCUCUUUACCCAACAAUCUCCACCAACACGGGCGCGUGACCUCAUCGAAAUGCCCAAACUACCCCUCAAACUCUGUUUCCUUUUCCUUGAUUAAAGAGUCAUCAUCCUUCGUGUUUUUUGUUUUCAUUCCUUCAAAACAUUCUUUGUUUCUUCUUCUUUUUCUCCUCUGCUUUUGGAAACAUUAUAGUGAUCAGAGGAGAUGGCUGAUAUAACAGAAUAUCUGGAGAGAUCGAUGCAGAAUUGUUCACUGAUUGAUCGGAGAAGUAGUAUCGGAGAUGGAUUUGGUAUGAGCGAUGAACAUAUCCCGAUCUCAGAUAGAUUUUUGGAGCUCAAUUCUCACUUGUCUGUUCCUUCUCAUUUGGAACAGUGUCUUGAUCUUAAGACAGGAGAGAUCUACUACAGAAGCUGGAAUAGUGGAAUGAGAGUGAAGAAAGAUCCGAGAAAAUCGGUGAGCCGGGGCAACAAUGCAGAACAAUCCAGUGGAGAAUCGUAUGGAACAGUGUUUUCAUCAGAAGAAGUUAGCUCGUAUUAUGAAAGCGAAGAGUCUUCAUCAGAGUCGUCGCCUUCGUCGAGAAGAAAGAAUCACAAGUACGAGGAAGAAGAAGAAGAAGAUGUUCUUGUGGUAGCUGGUUGCAAAGCUUGUUUCAUGUAUUUCAUGGUACCUAAGCUCUUAAAGGAUUGCCCCAAGUGUGCAACUCAGCUUCUUCACUUUGAUCAACCUCACUCUACUUGAUCUCCUUAAACCUAUCUUUCUUUGUUGUUUUCUUUUCUCAUUUUCAUUUUUAUUUUUCUUCACAUAGAUUUGUGGCUUUCCUUUUAUGUCUUUGUCUUCUCCUUAUUUUUUAAAAAAAUCUUGAGUUGUAUAUGUAUAAACUAGUGGUCGUCUUGUGUGUGAGUGGCAUUAAUACGAGAUUUAAAGACAAUAUCUCAAAGUAGUUGGAAAA